AUAAAUGGAAUAUCAAUGUUAUUCAAUUUUACUUUUCUUUAACAAAUGUAAAAAGAAUGGAUGCCGAAUGUGCAGAGAACAGCAAGGACAAAGAUUCUGAAUUGUACAUUAUGACGGAGCCAAAAGAUGGAUGCUUUAUGCAAGGCUCAUUGCCUUCCCAGCAUCCUCACUAUUUUAGCCUUGAUGAGCACGGAUAAUGUUCAGACACAGGCAAAGGGAAACAGCAUAGCUGUAGUGAGAAGUAUGAUAAAAGUGCAAAGAUUUGCAAAGGUAUUACAGGAGUCAUGUUGUAUCAGUAUCAUUUGCUGCUACAACCUUUCUAGACCUUCUGCUGAUACGAAAUAAAUUAUGAAGUAUGCGGAUGUCGCCACCUGCUGUCAGAAUAAGGGAAAUGCGUUAAUUUACUUUCAUUUUGGCCUGCAAACACGAGAUGGUGAUGAAAUCUAAAUUUGUGUGUUUUGAUUAAGUUGCAGAUAGGCUUUUCAAAGUAAAAGGGGAUAUUUUUCCAUACACAGAAUGUACCAGCUGGGCAGUAAUGUAAUAUCAGGCAGAAAGAAUGAGGUUGCAUGAGAAUACCCUACUUUUCCUAAUGAUGCCAUUUGUUUAGGCUUAUUUAUAUGGAUGUGUCAUGUUUUUUAAAAGCUCAAACUUCUGAUCUAUUAAUGCACUUUUUUAAAUCAGCUGCUUAUUCAUAAAAUCUCCAUCUUUUUCACAGCAUUACAACUGCCAAGUAAAUGCUUUUCAAGAAAGACAAAUAUUUUUUCUCUCAAAAGCCUGAUUUUUACUUUGAACUUAUUGUUUCAGUACAGUAACACUUUGUUUUUUUUACCAUUGCUCACUAAACUCACUGCCACAACUUACCUCCACUCAUAACUUCACCCACAUCACCCAUCUAUACCUCAUCCCUUCACCCACCCAGACUCUGACAGCAUCUACAGCACCACCCGCCUCAGCCUGUCAGAUGGGUCAGAGGACCAGCUGGAUCGCCUCCAGCAAGUGGAGCUGGCCAGGACGACCCCCAUGUCUCAGUGGAGGGCAGGAACUGUGCAGGCCUGGCUGGAGGUUGUCAUGGCAAUGCCUAUGUACAUUCGCACCUGCUCAGAAAAUGUUAAGAGUGGAAAGGUUUUACUGGGACUAACGGAUGAAGACCUGGAGCUAGGUUUAGGUGUUAACAGUUUAAUGCACCGACGAAAACUCCGCCUGGCCAUAGAGGAUUACAGAGAUGCUGAAAAUGGAAGAGAGCUGUCAAAGGCUGCUGAUUUGGAUCACCACUGGGUGGCCAAGGCUUGGUUAGGUGAUGUGGGAUUGCCUCAGUACUCCCAGGCUUUUCACACUCACCUGGUGGAUGGGCGCAUGCUGAACUCUUUGACUCGCCGUGAUCUAGAACGUCACCUCAACAUCACCAAGAAGUUCCAUCAGGUCAGCCUGCUAUUGGGCAUUGAACUACUGCAGUCGCUGGAUUUCAACAAAGAGGUGCUGCAGGCUCGCCGGAUACAAUGUGAGCAUCAGAAUGAGGAUCUUCUGGUCUGGACGUCUCAUCGUGUCAUGAAAUGGAUCAAAGAUAUUGACCUAAAGGAAUAUGCUGACAGCCUCCUCAGUAGUGGAGUUCACGGAGCUGUUAUGAUACUUGACCCCACUUUCAACACAGACUCCAUGGCUACAGCAUUGGGAAUCCCCAGCAGCAAACAUAUGGUCCGCAGACACCUUGAGGAAGAGAUGAUGGCACUGAUUGGCUCAGCCAGAGCAAAUGCACAAAAAAGCUAUGAUCAUCCAGGUGUGGUAACUCCACCAACACCCCUUCGCCAAAACUCCCUGACCCGGCCUCCCAGCACUAACAACCGACACAGUGAGGACGAGGGCUCUCUAAGACGGAGAGCUGUCAAGCCUCCAAUUGGGUUUAGCCCAAAAAGCAGAGGAGGGCGGGACCUGAGUUGUCACAGCAGCUUUGGCUCCUUACCUCGGGAAGUUCGAGAUCACACUCCCCCCAGAGUUGAAGGAAGCCCGAUCCAUGGAUACUCCAGCAUUGAGAUCACCAAUGUGUGAUGUCAUAACAACUAAAAUUGCAGUAAAAAAAAUUCUGAGCGUUUACAGGACAUAUUGCACUUUGUAUAAAGAAUAUGUUUCUUUUAAAAGUUUCCUAAUUUAAGUAAAUUGUGGACAAGUGGCAUUUUGCAGUUUUGGAUUAUUAAUUUUCUUCGCAACUGUCAAAACCCAGAUUCGAAAGAAAUUUGUCAUCAUUUGUGUAAAUGUCUUUAAUAGUUGUUUUACUUUACUAACUCUAACAGUAAAAGUGACUAUUCUUCUAAAUAAACUGAUUGUCUGACUCUUUAUACUCUCCUGUAUAAAUACAGACUGCUUGAUGAUAAAGGUUCCCUUGUAAGUUACUCUUGUUUUGUUCAGUUUAACCCUUUUUUCUAAAUGUGAUAAAAAAAAAAAGAAAAUGUCUAGGUUCUAACGUGUACAAUUUAUUUUCAUGUUGUACAUUUGAACUAUUUUGUCUGAAGAAAUGUAGCACCUCCAUUGGAGUUUUAUACUGUCUAGUAAAUGUUUAAAUACUAAUAAAG